AUGAGUAAAUUGCCGAAAAUAGCGUCAGAAUCGGUUGUUAAUCGAGCGCAAACGCCGAUCAUUGUAUGGAUACGAGAUAAGUUAAAUGCGAUAUAUCGAGAUCGUAAAACUCCACCUCCUGGUUUACCGACGGCUGAUGGCGAGAGCAGAUUCUAUGAAAUGAAUCGUUUUCCAAAGACGCAAUCUGCCCGAAGUCGUUUACCUGUAUCGCUACCUGGUGGUGUGCACCAUAAAUUAUCGGACAAUUAUUAUUUAGAUCGCGAUGCUCGGCACAGUGUUGAGCCUCCAAAAUGUGUUUAUUCAGCUGAUGCAACUGGCAUUUCUUUUAAAAGCCUUAAGGGUGAAACACUAAAUCGUGAGGAAGUGAUGAAGCCAGAAACAGAGCCGCGAAAAAAUUUUGGUCUUGAAAUGCCUACUGCAGGCUUCGGUUACAGGUGGCAUCGGAAUAGAGAGGACGAACUGUCUACUCCGAAAAAUUCUAAAUGUUUCGCGGCACUCGAAAAAUACGAUAAACACACGUAUAGUAACUAG